UGAACUUGAAGCCGAGGUAUGCAUCAAGUGUAAAACAGAAUUUCAUGGAGAAAAUGGUUACUAUAAAUAUGAUUCAUGUUUUGGGAGCGUUCAUAAGGAUUGUGUCAAUUUAACAUCUUCGGAAGUGCGAUGUAUGCCACUACAGAAGAGGGUUCUUUUGUUGAUUUGUGAUGAAUGCAAGCAACUAAUAGCAAGAAUGCCCUAUAUGGUGAAAAUGAUGGAGGAAAUCAAAAGAGAAUUAGCAGAUUUGAAAGUAAACUACAGAAGUGACACUUAUGCAAAUGUCUUAAAAAAUACAACAUCCGCGCCGGAUUACAUUAAUAAGCCUAGUCUGCCUACCAUAAUAAUUAGGCCUAAAAGCCAACAAAAUAUAGGCAAGAAUAAAGAGGAGGUGCAAAGGUUGAUAAAUCCAUGCGAAAUCAAUGUUGGAAUUAGAAAUACUAAGGAAACUAAGAAAGGAAAUAUUGUACUAAAGUGCGACACAGAACAGGAGCUAGAAAGACUGAAGAAAUCAGCAGAACGUAAACUAAAAGGAUAUGUGGGUAAUAAGGAGAUAGAGGAGCUUGAAGAAAGUAUAAGGAAGCAGAAUACAUGGAUGCAGUCGAACGGACACUUUAAAAGAUACAUUAUAUUAGAAGACAUAAAAAUAAAGAUACCUCCACAAUUUAUGCGGAAUGUUCAGGAAACUUAUAUUCUAAAAUAAUCAAAAAUGAAAAAAUUCAUAUAGACUGGGAGCGUAUGCCGGUGUAUGAGGAUCUGACUGUAUCUAGGUGCUUCAAGUGUCAGGGAUUUCAACACAAAAGUAAUCGG